UAGAAAGUUAAUGGCUUGGGGGAAAGAGAAUCUCUUCUCGCUUCAGGAGAGUUUGAGGAUUUUUCUGAAGUAAAACGUGAUAAUUUUAUAACAAUAUAACCCCAAAGAAAGUGAAAGGACAACGUUACCUUUACAAAUAUACAUAUUACUUAGGAAAGUAUGCAGGAUGAAGUAGCCGGGACGGCAAUGCUGACGGACGGCUUCGAGGACGAGAUUGACUCGGUGACUCCGCGCUCCCCUGCUCUAGGGAUGGGGGUUGGAGCUACACCAGGAGCCGGACUCGGAGGCCUCGGUAUAGGUGUCGGUGGCAAAAAAGUCCGGUUAUUUGGCGAGGCUGGUGGGCCUGCAGCAGAUAGACUUGAUUUCAAACUCACUGCAGCCGCAGUGCUUUCCUCGGGCCCCGGAUCCGGCAGCGACGAGGAUGAGGUAUCUGAGGUGGAGUCCUUCAUCCUGGACCAGGAGGACUUGGACAACCCUGUACUGAAGACGGCAUCUGAGCUGCUCCUGUCGAGUGCGGCGGACGGUGCUGAUCUCCGGACGGUAGAUCCGGAGACACAGGCGAGGCUGGAGGCCUUGCUGGAAGCGGCAGGCAUUGGUAAACUCUCCACUGCCGAUGGCAAAGCCUUCGCAGAUCCUGAGGUGCUGCGCCGCCUGACGUCGUCAGUGAGCUGUGCGCUGGACGAGGCUGCCGCUGCCCUCACCCGCAUGAGGGCUGAAAACACACUCAACGCCAGCCAGGCAGACAAUUUGGUUAUUUUUAGCCGUAGCCUGGCUGAGGCCUGCUCUGACGGGGACGUGAACGCCGUGCGGAAGCUGCUGGACGAGGGCCGCAGUGUCAAUGAGCACACAGAGGAGGGAGAGAGCCUGCUGUGUCUGGCCUGCUCAGCUGGAUACUAUGAGCUCGCACAGGUUUUGCUUGCCAUGCAUGCUAACGUAGAGGACCGCGGCAUCAAAGGAGACAUCACGCCCCUCAUGGCAGCUGCUAGCGGUGGUUAUGUAGACAUUGUCAAACUGCUCCUGGUGCAUGGCGCGGACGUCAACGCACAGUCAUCAACAGGUAACACGGCGCUCACGUAUGCCUGUGCCGGCGGCUUUCUGGAUGUGGUGAAAGUUCUGCUGAAGGAAGGGGCCAACAUUGAGGAUCACAACGAGAAUGGCCACACGCCGCUGAUGGAAGCGGCCAGCGCGGGUCAUGUGGAGGUGGCGCGUGUGCUGCUGGAAUACGGCGCUGGAAUCAACACGCACUCCAACGAGUUCAAGGAAAGCGCGCUCACGCUGGCUUGCUACAAAGGGCACUUGGAUAUGGUGCGGUUUCUCUUGGAGGCAGGGGCUGACCAGGAACACAAGACGGACGAGAUGCACACAGCACUCAUGGAGGCCUGCAUGGAUGGGCACGUAGAGGUGGCACGGCUACUGUUGGACAGUGGAGCGCAGGUGAACAUGCCGGCCGAUUCGUUCGAGUCUCCGCUGACGUUGGCAGCGUGCGGGGGGCAUGUGGAGCUGGCGGCUCUGCUGAUCGAGAGGGGGGCCAACCUGGAGGAGGUGAACGAUGAGGGCUACACGCCCCUCAUGGAAGCUGCACGCGAGGGCCAUGAGGAGAUGGUGGCCUUGCUUCUGGCACAAGGUGCUAACAUCAAUGCGCAGACAGAGGAGACGCAGGAGACGGCCCUGACUCUGGCCUGUUGCGGGGGCUUCCUGGAGGUGGCCGACUUCCUCAUCAAAGCAGGCGCUGACAUCGAGCUCGGCUGUUCCACUCCUCUCAUGGAGGCUGCACAGGAGGGCCACCUAGAGCUGGUCAAGUACCUGCUGGCUGCCGGAGCCAAUGUCCAUGCCACCACGGCCACGGGAGAUACUGCGCUGACGUACGCCUGCGAGAACGGACACACGGACGUGGCCGACGUGCUACUUCAAACCGGAGCCGACCUGGAACAUGAGUCGGAAGGUGGAAGGACUCCACUGAUGAAAGCAGCCAGAGCAGGACACCUCUGCACUGUACAGUUCUUAAUCAGUAAAGGUGCUAAUGUGAACAGAGCCACGGCCAAUAAUGACCACACAGUGGUGUCUUUGGCAUGUGCUGGGGGCCACCUGGCUGUGGUGGAGCUGUUACUGGCCCAUGGUGCAGAUCCCACACACAGACUGAAGGAUGGCUCCACGAUGCUGAUUGAAGCUGCUAAGGGUGGUCACACUAACGUGGUGUCCUACUUGCUAGACUACCCAAACAACAUUCUGUCAGUCCCUGCACCAGACCUGUCCCAGCUCACGCCGCCCUCCCACGACACACCUCAGGCUCCUCGAGUCCCAUUCCAAGCCCUGGCCAUGGUGGUACCCCCUCAGGAGCCAGACAGAGUGCCCUCUACCAUCGCCACGCCCCCACCAGUCACAAACAAAGGCAUGUCCAAGCAGAGGAUGAGCUCUCUUCAGGGUAAUGCGGUGGGCGCGGCGGGCAUGGACGCCGACCUGCUGCCGCCCUUUCACCCGUACCAGCCCCUGGAGUGCAUCGUGGAGGAGACGGAGGGCAAGCUGAACGAGCUGGGCCAGCGCAUCAGUGCUAUCGAGAAGGCCCAGCUGCAGUCGCUGGAGCUGAUCCAGGGCGAGCCGCUCACCAAAGAUAAAAUCGAGGAGCUGAAGAAGAGCCGUGAGGAGCAGGUGCAGAAGAAGAAGAAGAUCCUCAAAGAGCUGCAAAAGGUGGAGCGGCAGCUGCAGCUUAAGACGCAGCAGCAGUUCACCAAAGAGUACAUGGAGGCCAAGGGCAUGAGGGAGGAGCCGGGCCAGGCGGCAGGGGUGGAGGCGCCCGGCACACCCCUGCCACUCCAGGCCACGCAGCUGGGCCCCAGCGCGGAUGGCGAGGGCGGCCACGAGGACGACCACCAGAUCGCUCCAGCGGACGACGAUGACGAUGAGGAGGAGGAGGAUGAUGAAGACGAGGAGGAAGAGGAUGAGGAAGACACGGACUUCGCCGAGCUGCCGCAAGUGGACACCAUCCUGUACCGAGACGAAUCGCAGCCGCCACCCCCACCUCCCCCUCAGCCCCACCCCCUGCAGGGCGCCCCACCUCCCCCUCUGCAUACCAGCUUCGUCCCUAUCCAGCCCCUGACCGCCCAGCAGUCCACGGACUUCGGCAGCGCCGAGUACCCAGGCAGCAGCAGUCCAGACCUGCAGAGGGUGAUGCUGGGUCAGCAGCUGUCUGGCCUGGGUCCCGGGCUCCUCACGCAGGCGCCCGACGGCCUCAUGGUGGCCACACCCGCUCAGACGCUCACGGACACGCUCGAUGACAUCAUGGCAGCAGUGAGCAGCAGAGUGCCUAUGUUAAACACUACGACCUCACCCAUACCUCAGCCCACAGCACAGACGCCCAUCAACACUGUCUCCCCACCCUCCAUGCUCCCGCUCUACCCAUCUGUAGACAUCGAUGCACACACGGAGAGCAAUCAUGACACGGCUCUGACUUUGGCCUGUGCGGGCGGCCACGAGGAGCUGGUGUCUGUGCUUAUUGCACGCGGGGCCAACAUCGAGCACCGGGAUAAGAAAGGGUUCACUCCUCUGAUCCUGGCUGCCACAGCAGGCCACGUUGGUGUUGUAGAGAUCCUCCUGGACAAGGGAGGAGACAUUGAGGCCCAGUCUGAGAGGACCAAAGACACCCCUCUCUCCCUGGCUUGUUCAGGUGGCAGACAAGAGGUGGUGGAACUUUUGCUUCUUCGUGGUGCCAACAAAGAGCACCGUAACGUGUCUGACUACACCCCACUUAGUCUGGCCGCCUCAGGGGGUUAUGUAAACAUCAUCAAAAUCCUCCUCAAUGCUGGAGCUGAGAUCAACUCCAGGACAGGCAGCAAGCUGGGCAUCUCACCCCUGAUGCUGGCAGCCAUGAACGGCCAUGUGCCUGCAGUGAAGCUGCUGCUGGAUAUGGGCUCCGACAUAAACGCGCAGAUCGAGACCAACCGCAACACGGCGCUGACACUGGCCUGCUUCCAGGGCCGGGCCGAGGUGGUCAGCCUGCUGCUCGACCGCAAAGCUAACGUGGAGCACCGUGCCAAGACGGGGCUCACCCCUCUAAUGGAGGCUGCGUCUGGUGGCUAUGCUGAAGUGGGCCGUGUGCUGCUGGAUAAAGGUGCAGACGUCAAUGCUCCUCCUGUCCCCUCAUCACGCGACACCGCCCUCACCAUCGCUGCCGACAAGGGCCAUUACAAGUUCUGUGAGCUUCUCAUUAACAGGGGGGCUCACAUUGACGUGCGCAAUAAGAAGGGGAACACUCCUUUGUGGUUGGCUGCAAAUGGGGGCCAUUUUGAUGUAGUGCAGCUGCUGGUGCAGGCAGGAGCUGAUGUAGAUGCAGCAGACAACCGCAAGAUCACCCCUCUCAUGGCUGCAUUCCGUAAGGGACAUGUGAAAGUGGUCCAGUACUUGGUGAAGGAGGUGAAUCAGUUCCCCUCUGACAUUGAAUGCAUGAGAUACAUUGCCACCAUUGCAGAUAAGGAGUUGCUGAAGAAGUGUCAUCAGUGCAUGGAGACCAUCGUCAAAGCCAAAGAUCAGCAGGCUGCAGAAGCUAAUAAGAAUGCUAGCAUUCUGCUCAAGGAGCUGGAUCUUGAGAAGUCCCGUGAAGAAAGUAAAAAACAAGCCCUGGCAGCGAAGAGAGAGAAGCGUAAAGAGAAGCGCAAGAAGAAGAAGGAGGAGCAGAAGAAGAAGCUGGAAGAGGAGGAGGCAAAAGUGAAGGACGUGUUUUCUGAGGCACAGGACCAGAAGGAGGACUCUGCCGAAGAGGUGGAGGUCCCUAUCGAGCCCCCGAGUGCCACCACCACCACCACCAUCGGCAUCUCUGCCACCUCCACCACCUUCACCAACGCUUUUGGCAAGAAACGCGCCAACGUGGCUACCACGCCGAGCACCAACCGCAAGAACAAAAAGAACAAGACCAAGGAGUCUCCUAGCGAGCCCAUCAUCCUGCAGGACCCACAGGUGGCGCUGGCGCAGCAGAAGGCCGACAAAAACAAGAUCCAUGGCGAACCGCGAGGCGGUGGGGCACCGGGCGGCACCAGCGAUUCAGACAACCUGGACAGCACUGACUGCAACAGUGAGAGCAGCAACGGAAGCAAGAGCCAGGAGCUGGCAGACCUUCCCUCCUCAUCCUCCUCCUCCUCAUCUUCCUCAGCCCCUACAGGGUCCAGUCAGCCUCUACCCAUGACUGAGAAGAGGCAGGGCCUAUCACUGCCCACCUCUCGUGAGGAGAAGGUCAUCGUGUCCAUCUCCAAGCCGCAGCAGAAAGUUCAUGAGACCAUUAGUGACUUGACCCCCAGUCCCCUGCCCUCUUCGUUCAAGACCAUUUCACUGCCAGUCACUUCACCCAACAGUAAGAUGAACCUCACCAGUCCCAAAAGGGGCCAGAAGAGAGAGGAAGGAUGGAAAGAAGUGGUCCGAAGGUCAAAGAAGCUCUCAGUCCCAGCCUCUGUAGUGUCUCGGAUCAUGGGCAGAGGGGGCUGUAAUAUCACAGCUAUUCAAGAUGUGACGGGAGCACACAUAGAUGUUGACAAACAGAAGGACAAGAACGGCGAGAGAAUGAUCACCAUCAGAGGUGGCACAGAGUCAACACGGCACGCCGUCCAGCUGAUCAAUGCGCUGAUCCAGGACCCUGCCAAAGAGCUGGAAGACCUGAUCCCUCGCAAUCACAUUCGUCAGCCCGGCACCAAUACCAAAAUUGGCUCCACCUACACCACCUCCACAGGGGCCACCAGCACCACAGCAGCCAGUUCGAAAGGCUUACCAUCGGUGGUGCCCUCGUCCAGCGUGUCCUUCCCGCCCUCCUCCAGCGCCACAGCUCAGCAGGCAGGCAAAAUGGGCAAAAACAUGGCGCCCGGUGUCAGGCCUCCGUUUGUCUCUCUUCCGCCACUUGCCUACACGCACCCCCAGCUGGCCCUGCUGGCAGCCCAGACCAUGCAUCAGAUACGCCACCCCCGCCUGCCCAUGGCGCAGUUCGGGGGCACCUUCACGCCCUCACCCAAUACGUGGGGCCCCUUCCCUGUGCGUCCUGUGAGCCCAGGCAGCGCCAACAGCUCCCCCAAGCACAGUGGCAGUGCUGCCCCGCGCCCACCCAGCUCUGCCCCCACCAGUGCCGAGCAUUUGCCCCCCACCUCGUCUGCCACCAUCGCCCCCGGCUCCACUGCUUCUCCCCCUAGCACUGCCCCUUCCAGCACCCCCACACCCACCUCCGUCAGGAAGCAGCUCUUCUCCACCGAGCCCAAGUCUGGUGCUGCACCCACUGUUGUCACAACUGCCAGCAGCUCCCCUGCUACUCAGGCCCCUCCCCCUCCCGUCAGCUGUGCUCCCAUCACUCCUACGACCCCACCUCCUCCGCCAGCCCCCAUCGCUCCACCCUCACAGCACCCCCCAGCCCCCAAGCCAGAGCCUGUCGCUAUACCCGCUGCUGCCGGAACACCCGCUAAGGAGAAGCCCGCAGCCGAGCUUUCUGUUCCCGUCUCUAGUGCCCCAUGCGAGGGACCGAGUUCCUCGGCCCCCCUGCACUUCCCCACGUCUCCCUCAGCGCAGGCAGCACUGCCUGUGCAACCCGAGGGCAGGCAGCAGCUGCCCAUGCCUUUCACGUCAACCGCGGAGCCCAGCUCUGCCUCCACCACUGCUGCGCCUGGCACUGCCGCCCUGUCCGCCUCUCGCCCCCCUCCACCCACCUGCAGCAGCAGCACGCUCACCAACACCAGCAGCACCUUACCUCACUACGCGACGCCGGCUGCGACUGGGGUCUCGCCUCGAAUGCAGCACCCAGCUCCCUACUACCCCAUGGCACCUGGGGCUCCUCUGCAGGAGCAGCAGCCUGUGUUUGUGCCUCCAGGUGUAACGCAGGAGUCUCUCAAGCAACAGCAACAGCAGCAGGCUGCCCAGCCCAGCCUGGCCGCAGCCAGCAUGCCGCCCCCCUCCCUGCAGAUGUCCUCCACUAUGGGCAUGAUGAAUGGAUCCCAGAUGCACCUCCAUGGUGGGAAGGCCCAACUGCCGGCCAACUUUGGCCCCGCAGCCCUUUUUAAUCACUUCAGCAGCAUCUUCGACAGCAACCAGGUGGGCAACAACCAGGUGUGGGGGGCCUGCCACCUUCCCACACGCACUCCGCCGGAACAGCCCUACAGUGCCCCGCCUGCCUACAUGGGAGGGAUGGGACAGAUGGAGAGCACCAUGGCACCUCCGGACGGCUCCAAGGCUCCGGGGUAUCGCUGCGCCUCCCAGAGAAUAGUCUCGAGCCCCAUUGGAAUGCAUCCAAUAGACCCCACAGGCAAUUCCAUCUCCUCUUCUACCGCGCUUACCAGCUUUGCCACAAGCAUGUCGGCCAGCCCUGUGUUCCUGCCCGGCCCAGCCCCUGUGGGCACACCCUCCUUCAGCCGCCAGCACUUCUCCCCUCACCCCUGGAGCGCCUCCACAUCCUGUACGAAAAUAAGUGAGUCUCCAGUGCCCUCUGUAUCAUCUGGUGCAUCCUCCCCCCUCUGCACGUCCACUGUGACCCCCACGCUGAUCCAGGCCAAGCCCAGCAGCUCCAGCCACCAGGACCGCAAAGUGCCCCCACCCAUCGGCACCGAGCGCCUGGCUCGCAUCCGGCAGACAGGCUCCGUCAACCAUACCAUGCUGCCCACCAGCUACACACCGCCGGUCGGACAGGGUGGCAUCUGGUCUUUUGGAGUGGGCAGUGCCUCUGAGGCAAUGUCAGGCUGGUCUCAGCCCCUGAUGGGAGGCCCCGUCAUGCACCAGCAGCUGCCAGAGCAGUCGGCCUUCUCCCAGCACCAGGCUAUGGAGCGAGAUGACACGGGCAUUGUGGCUCCCUCCAACACCUUUCACCAGCCUAUGCCCACUAACUUCAUGGAUUUCCCUAAGGGGUUGCCGAUGUCGAUGUAUGGUGGCACGAUGAUCCCACCCCACCCACAGAUGGCUGAAGGUCCUGGAGGCCCCAUGUACAAUGGGCUCCACACCACUGACCCUGCCUGGAACCCUAUCCUGAAAGUCGUACCCAACUCGGCUGAGAAUACAGACCCACAGCAGGUCUGGCCUGGAACUUGGGCCCCGCACGUGGGAAAUGUGCAUUUGAAUCAUGUCAACUAAACACAGACCUAGAGAUUGAGGGGCAUAGGAGCAGUAACAAGAAAUACACGUUAAAGAACAAGAUAAUUACAUAAUUACCAAAAUGUUAACCUAGGAGUGUCCCCUUAAGUAAAAAAGAAAAAAUAAAAAUAAAAAAAAAGUUAUGAAAUUGAAAAAUGGACACCUUUGAUGUGCCUAACUAAAAAGAAAGAAUCCAGUGUGGGCUUUAACGUGUUUACCACUGUCUAUGAACAAACCGAUUGCCUGUUCAACAGGAUACAUUCUGAGUAGUAUAGCCAUUUUGACAUUUAAGGCCCACAUAAAGCGUUCUUGGUCUGCAGGGCUUGAUAGGACAGUGCGCUAUUUAUACUCGGCCAAGAACUAGAUGAUUACACAAAGAGAGAAAUCAGACCUUUUAGAGUGGUAAAUACAUGUAUAAUUGUUUACAUACUGAAAAAAGGGUUAAAAUGAGAGUAAAUUUCAUGUCGUAUAGUGGCUCUACUUUAUGUAGCCUGUAUUAAUGUGAAAUAUUUACCUUAAUAUUCAAUAAAAAGUUGGAAAUGUA